GAUUUGGAUUCACUUGUGUCGAUUGAGAAUGAUGAUGACGUAUCCAAUAUGAUGGAAGCAUUUCCUUAAAGCAAUGAGCCUAUUCAGCUAUUCAUUUUUUGUGGCCAAAACCUUUCAAUCCCCACUGCGAAUCCCAGUUUUCUGAUGCAGAAUGCCGAUAAUGAAAAUGAUCAAGCAUCAUUGCGGAAUUUAAAUAAAAGUAAUGGAACACCUGCACCUUUCUCACAUAAUACCAAUGUCAAUAACAAUAAUGUUCCAAGUGCAUCAAAUGAUUUGCGUAAAGUGGACUGCUUGUUGAUGGAUAAUCAAGAAUUACAUUAUGGGGUGGUUGGUAGUUGUGUUAAUGACAUGCCGAAAAUUAUGUCAGUUUUAAUAGAAGGCCAAGAAUUUGAAGAUGCAAAUGCUUUCCACAAGGCUUUAAGGGAGUACGCCAUACGUUCAAAUUUUGAAUACAAGCAAACGAGGUCAGGUGGUGGCCGUUAUCAGGCGAAACACAUUAAAGACAAUUGCUCAUGGCACAUACAUGCAUGGAAGCUUCCCGAUAAGCCUACAUUCAAGAUAAAAUCCUUGAAAGGAGAUCAUACUUGUAAUGUUGUGAAUGAGUCAACAAUGUCAAAUACAAGAAUGCAUCGACAAGCCAGUAGGAAAUGGAUUGCUGAUUUGGUGAAGGACCGACUCCAGAAAAAAUUGCGCUGUACACCCAAAGAUAUUAUCGAUGAGAUUAGUCGAGAAUAUGGGAUCAAAGUGAGUUAUGAUAAAGCUUGGAGGGGUAAAGAAUUGGCAGUAAAAGAGAGGAACUUGAUUACAACUCCCAUGGAGAUCUGUGAAGAAAUACAGAACAAAUCCAGGAAGCACAGUGAAGCUUAGUAGGUCAUCGGACAACUCCUUGAGACUUUUUGUUGCAUAUAAGGCUUCCAUUCAUGGUUUCAAGCAAGCAUGCCAACCAGUUAUGAGGUUUGAUUGUAUGAAGAUGGAAGGAAAAUGGCGAGGUGUGUGGCUGUUUGCCAUAGCCUUUGAUGCAAAAUACAAUUGGUUCCCGGUCUGAUAUGCAUUUGUUGAAUCAAAGAACGUAGGGAGUUGGAAAUGGUACUGUGAUGAGUUGGCUCAAGUCUUGGAAUGCAUACCUAAAUUAACAUUUAUAUCAAAGAGACAAGAAGGAAUUCUUGAAGUGAUUAGUGGUAUAUUUUCCCUUGCUUGUCAUCGAUACUCUCAGCGGCAGCUGAUUAGAGAAAUUUGUCAGAAAUUCAACUAUGGGGAUUUGAAUAACCUUUUUAAGAGUGCAAUUUAUGAAGGGGGUCAUUAUGAAUUCGAUGCUUGCAUGCGCGAAAUUCAUGAUAAAUAUAAAGAAGCAUGGAAUGUUGUAAAGGAUAUUAAUCCU